AUGCGACGUCUUUCAUCCUACAUUCUGCUUCUAUAUACACUACUCGAGCUCGUAUCCAGCCAGGACAUACAAGCCCUGACUCGACUCCCCCCAACACCAACAAUACCAAUACUCGAGAAACGUGCAGGCACUGUCAUCAUAGUCACAGUCACGGUAACACCUUCUGCUGUACCUGUAUCCCCCUCAUACACGAAUUCCGCAGUUUUUGAAAAUGACAUCCUCAAUCAAACCAACUACUAUCGCCGACAACACAACGCCAGUGCUCUGAUAUGGAACGAUACGCUGGCGACAUACGCCAAACAAUGGGCUGAGCCAUGUAAUUGGAAACAUUCAGGCGGCCCCUACGGCGAAAACCUCGCCGAAGGCUACACAAACGUCACAUCCGCAAUCGAUGCCUGGGCCAUCGAAAGCGAACAGUACAAGUAUUCCCCUCCUACCGGGUUUAGUGAAAAGACGGGCCAUUUCACGCAGUUAGUGUGGAAGGCUACGACGGAUGUUGGGUGUGGUGUUGCGGAUUGUUCGGCGAAUCUUGAUGAUGGAAGAAAUGGAGAUGGGAAAGCGGUGGGAUGGUUUUUGGUGUGCGAGUAUUGGCCGCCGGGGAAUGUGGUUGGAGAACAUAAUGAGUAUUUCAAGGUGAAUGUUGAGCCGGUGAUCUCUCUGGGUGUUGGGUUAGAGGUGGAUGGGGUUGGUGUUUGGUUAAUGCUUGUCUUUGUGGUUUUGCAUUUGCUGUAA